UUCAAACUGUACACCAUGGGAAACUCAUGUGCAGCAAGUGCCAAUAAGUGUCCUCCCGAUUACGUAAUCGUUGUCAAGACAGGUGACGUUAAAGGUGCAGGCACAGAUGCAAAUGUCUUUAUCGCCUUUAUUAACGACUCUCAGUGCAGAUCCAAAGACAUUCCUUUAAAUUGCCGCUGGAAGGAUGAUUUGGAGAGGGGUAGUGUUGAUAGCUACCCAGUUACGAAUUUGCCCAACUUCGGAAGGAUAGACCAGAUUGAGUUAUGGAGAGACUCUUCGGGAUUAAAGGAUGAUUGGUUCGUCGAGAAGAUAGAGGUGGUGCAUUCAGCAAACAGCGACACCAUAGUUUUCCCCAUACACCGCUGGAUCAAAGCAAACACUCGCCACGUAUUCGCCAAGUAUGACUGCCUGCUUCCGCAACACGAUGUGAACAAGGACCAACGCAAACAGGAAUUGACUGAGAAGAAGAAGCUAUAUGAGAUGGAGUGUAAGGCGACAGGUUUGUUACCACAGAUUAAGACUGUCCCUGCUGAUGAAUCGUUCUCUGAUGAUUACAAGUGGGAUAUCAUAAAGAACAAAGCCAACCUGGCCAUCCAGAGCAAGAUAAUUGGUCUGACCGCCGACUCGUGGAAGUGCCUGGAUGACAUUGGAAAACUGUACAAUAAAAGCCUUCCAGUGCCGUACGGGAUGAAUAACUGGCGAUCUGAUGUUGAGUUUGGUUCCCAGCGACUGGUCAGCUGUAAUCCUAACCAGAUCAGACGAUGCACACAAAUACCUGACAAUCUUGCAGUUGAUGAUGAGAUGCUGAAGCCCUUGAUGGAAGAUUUGACCACACAAGAAGCCAUAGACUCCAAGAGGCUCUAUAUCAUGAACUACAAGGUCCUAAAAGAUCUGCCCUGCAGCUACGACAGAAAGAUCUGCGCACCGAUCGCGCUUUUCUUUGUCAAUAAGGAGAAGAAUCUGAUGCCUGUUGCCAUCCAACUCUACCAGGAUCCUGCUCAAGAUAACCCGGUGUUUCUGCCCACGGAUCCCGAGUACACCUGGCUCCUUGCCAAGAUGUGGUUCAACAAUGCCGACGCCUCCUACCACCAAUCAGCCACCCAUCUUGGAUUCACUCAUCUCAUCAUGGAGGCGGUUGCCCUGGCAAUCCAUCGUUCUCUCUCACCCUCUCAUCCCAUGUUCAGACUCCUGGCGCCACAUUUUCUGUACCUGAUAGCCAUCAAUAGUCGUGCAGUGGCAAAGCUGGUGUGUGAGGAUGGUUGGGUAGAUCAGUGCAUGAGUAUCGGUCGAGUUGGCAUGUUUGCCAUCAACGCAAGGACGGCACCUGAGUGGCGUUUUGACGUUGAGGGCAGUCUUCCAGCUGACCUCAAUAACCGCGGGGUCGAUGACCCGGAAGCACUUCCCAAGUACUACUUCCGUGAUGACGCCCUUCUGCUGUAUGAGGCGAUUAGGAAAUACGUGACGGAAGUUGUGGAAGGCCAUUAUGAUUCUCCCGACAAGUUAGCUGACGACCACGAGCUGCAAGAAUUUGCAGAGAUUCUGAAAAAGCCCCAGAGCGAAGGAGGAUGUGGGAUCAAGGGAGUUCAUGGCGGAGGGGUGUUCUUGAACACCGUUGAUUUGAUAGAUGCCUUGACUGCCUUCAUCUACACGAGCAGUGUGGCUCACGCAGCCGCCAAUUUCUCCCAGUAUGACGAGUAUGCCUUCCCGCCAAAUUAUCCUUCAUACAUGCGCGACGAAGUACCGCCUAAAGAUAAGAGUCCGCGUACAGAGCAGGAUGUGCUGAACUGUCUGCCAAACAAGGAGAUGACGUUGAGUAUCAUGCUGGUAACCAAGAUACUGAGUGAUAGAGGAACUCAAUGCCUGGGGGACUUUGAGAUCGAGUACCAGUUUGAUCCUAUCGGUGCCAAAGCUGUCAAAGCUUUCAAAGAGGACUUGGUUGGUAUCGGUAAGAUCAUCGACAAGAGAAACGCCCAGCGAGCCCCUCCGUAUCCCUACCUGCAUCCCAGCGAGGUUCCUAAUGCCAUCAGUAUCUCUUGCUUAAGGUAUUCAUUUAACACGAACUGUGUUGUUGUAUCCGUGAUUUUAACCCAAACAAAAUCCUGGUUUCGCGUGAACAUUUUACGCAAACCAACAAGACCAGACAGUUGGUAUUUCAUCAUGGGUAACGCGUGCGUUUCUGGCAGCAGCGCGCCUACAGACUUCGUGAUUCUUGUCAAGACAGGAGACCUUAAAGGAGCAGGCACAGAUGCUGAUGUUUUCAUCGCUUUGAUCAACGAGGAAGGCACAAGAUCAAGGGACAUUCCUUUAAAUUCAAAAUGGAAGAAUGACAUGGAGCGUGGGAGCAUUGAUCGGUUCCCAGUUACUAACUUGGCCAACUUUGGUCGGGUGUGUAAGAUUGAGCUGUGGAGGGAUACAGAUGGAGCUAUGGAUAACUGGUUCGUUGAACGGGUUGAGGUAAUCAAUCAGAGUAGCGGAGAGCAUGAGAUAUUUCCUAUCCAUCGAUGGCUCAAGGCACUCAAGAAACGCAUCUUCCAUUGUAACGAUUGUCUCUUGCCUCAAUGCGAUGACAAUAAGACGGAUAGGAAGGAGGAACUCGGAGAAAAGAAAGUGAUGUAUGAGUUGGAGUGUAAAGUGGAAGGGCUUAUUCCUCAGAUCAAAAACUUCCCAUCUGACGAGUCCUUUUCAGACGACUACAAGUGGGACAUCGUCAAGAACAAGGCAAGUCUCUUCAUGCAAACGAAACUCAUGGGCGUGAAGACUGGGGAUUGGAAAUCGCUGGAAGAUAUCGAGAAGAUUUAUAACGAGCAUCUUCCCGUCCCUUAUGGAAUGAAUAACUGGCGAUCUGAUCUUGAGUUUGGUUCCCAGCGACUGGUCAGCUGUAAUCCUAACCAGAUCAGACGAUGCACACAAAUACCUGACAACUUCGCAGUCAAUGAUGAAAUGCUGAAACCGCUACUGGAGGACUUGACUGUACAAGAAGCCAUAGAUGCAAAAAGAUUGUACAUUAUGGAUUACAAGAUCUUGAAGGAUCUGCCCUGUAGUUACGACAGGAAGAUCUGUGCUCCGAUUGGCCUUUUCUUCGUAAACAAGGAGAAGAAUCUCAUGCCUGUUGCCAUCCAACUCUUCCAGGAUUCUGCUGAUGAUAACCCGGUGUUUCUACCCACGGAUCCCGAGUACACUUGGCUUCUUGCCAAGAUGUGGUUCAAUAACGCCGACGCGUCCUACCACCAAGCAGCCACCCAUCUCGGAUUCACUCAUCUCAUCGUUGAAUCUAUCGCCGUGGCUACACACCGUACACUAUCUCCUUCACAUCCAAUCUACAGACUCCUGGCUCCACACUUUCUGUACCUCAUUGCAAUCAACUAUCGUGCAUUGGGGAAACUAGUCUCUGAAGAUGGCUGGGUGGAUCAGUGCAUGGGAAUCGGCCGGAUCGGAAUGUUUGAGAUCAUCGUAAGGACCCAACCUUCCUGGAGACUGGACGUUGAGGGCACGCUACCGGCUGAUCUGGAAAACCGUGGAGUUGAUGACCCGGAAGCACUUCCUAAGUAUUACUUCCGGGAUGAUGCUAUCUUGAGCUUUGGAGCUAUACAGAAAUAUGUGACUGAAGUUGUCAACGGAACCUACGACGAUCCAUCCAAGUUGGCUGAAGAUGACGAGAUUCAAGACUUUGCUGACACUCUGACGAAGUCACCGGGUGAGGGCGGUGCAGGAGUGCAGGGAGUUCAUGGUAAUGGUAAAUUCUCAACCAACGAGGACUUGAUAGGAGCCCUGACUGCCAUCAUCUACACGAGUAGUGUGGCUCAUGCGGCAGCUAACUUCGCCCAAUAUGACGAGUAUGCGUUCCCACCCAACUACCCAUCAAUCAUGCGGGUUGCUGAACCACCAAAGGACAAGAAUCCUCGGUGCGAGCAAGACGUGAUUGACUGCUUACCAGACAAAGACAAGACACUCAGUAUUAUGCUGGUAACCAAGAUACUGAGUGAUAGAGGAACUAACAGCCUGGGAGACUUUGAGGUCGAGUACCAGUUUGACCCUGUCGGCAAGAAGGCCGUAGAAUCGUUCAGGAAGGAUCUACUCCGUGUUGGCGCCCUCAUCGACGAGAGAAAUGCAACCCGAUCAUCGCCAUAUUUGUAUCUUCAUCCUAAGGAAGUACCCAAUGCAAUCAGCAUUUGAAACCGCGAUCCAUCAAUCUGAAGUUUAUUCAACAUUUCCCAACACCUAUAAAUUAAUUUCUGACAUGUUUAAUUGAAACCAACAAACAAGUAGAAGGAAUCCGCUAACCGCCAAGUUUGGCAAUUUGGGCGUCAGUACAUUUCGUGUAAGUUACUGCUAGCUAAAACCAGAGUAUUUUAAAUUGAGACACCGUAAAAAAAAUUUAAAAAAAAAAAAAAAUGCAAAACGAAGGUUUAUCAUAUAAUGAAUAUAAAUUGAUGUACAUAAUGUUUUACAAUACUUGAACAAGAUUUUAUAAAACAAUGUCAUUAAGUUCGUGAGUAUUACUUUUUUACGUAGGUGAAGUAGUCGGAUCUGUACGUAAAUUAGCACCCACUUAACAGUUUUUAACAAGUAAAUACUGGAAAUGGAAGUUUCCUAGAAUAACAUAAUGUGAAUAUGAAAUAUACAUUCACGUAGAAAAAAUAGCUGAAACCUUCGUAACAUGUAAAUAAACAAUUGAAAUUCCACAAAUUUUGUUCAACCCUUGCUGGUAAUCAAAAGCAAAAUUCAUCUAGCAAAUCUCCGUUAGCGAUAGAAGUUUUACCGGAAGUCAAGUUUCCCAAAUUUCAAUUCAAUUCAACAGAACAUUUUAUUUCUGUACCGUCAACGAUAAAAGACAUACGAGAAUAAUACAAUAAUGUAAACAAUUAAUAUUAUGCUAGAAAGGAAUGAAACAAGGUGAUAAAUAAAUAUAGAGAUAAAUAAA